GUGCCGGCGGCUGAGGCGCGGGAUGGCGGCGGCGGCGCGGAGGGCGCGGCCGGGGGGGCCCCGCGCCGGCUUCGGGCGGGCGGCGGAGGAGCAGGGCCCCGCCGUGCCGCAGGGGCUGCUCCGGGCCGCCCGGAGGAGCGGGCAGCUGAACCUCGCGGGCCGCGGCCUCGGCCAGGUGCCUCAGCAUGUAUGGCGAAUAAAUUUGGACACUCCAGAGGAAGCCCAUCAGAAUCUCUCUUUUGGUGCUGCGGAUCGCUGGUGGGAGCAAACAGACCUGACCAAGCUGAUUUUAGCCUCAAACAAGCUGCAGCUUCUUUCAGAGGAUGUCAAACUUCUGCCUGCACUCACUGUUCUAGAUGUACAUGAUAAUCAGCUGACAUCUCUUCCGUCUGCUUUAGGACAAUUAGAAAAUCUUCAGAAACUCGAUGUCAGCCACAACAAACUGAAAAGUAUCCCGGAAGAGUUGAUGCAGUUGUCACACUUGAAGAGCCUUCUUCUUCAGCACAACGAGCUGAGCCACUUGCCGGAUGGAUUUGGACAGCUUGUCAAUUUAGAAGAAUUAGAUCUGUCCAACAAUCAUCUUACAGACAUUCCAACAAGUUUUGCUUUGCUCAUUAACUUAGUGCGACUCAAUUUGGCUUGUAAUCAACUCAAGAACCUGCCUGCAGAUAUCAGUGCGAUGAGAAGCUUAAGACAACUGGACUGUACUAAAAACUACCUGGAAACUGUACCUUCUGAAUUGGCGAGUAUGGCGUCUUUGGAACAACUUUAUCUGAGAAAAAAUAAAUUACGUUCCUUACCAGAACUUCCCUCAUGCAAACUACUGAAGGAAUUACAUGCUGGUGAAAAUCAGAUUGAAAUAUUAAAUGCAGAGAAUCUUAAGCAUCUGAAUUCCCUCUCUGUAUUGGAACUUAGAGACAACAAGAUAAAAUCAGUUCCUGAUGAAAUUACUCUGCUGCAGAAGUUGGAGCGACUUGACCUUGCCAACAACGAUAUCAGUAGAUUGCCCUAUACAUUGGGGAACCUUCCGCAGAUGAAAUUCCUGGCAUUAGAGGGAAACCCUUUGAGAACCAUUCGAAGAGACCUUCUACAAAAGGGUACCCAGGAACUUCUGAAAUACCUAAGAAGCAAAAUCCAAGAUGAUGGACCCAGUCCAAACGAGGAGCCUCCUGUGACAGCCAUGACUCUCCCAAGCGAGUCAAGGAUUAACAUGCACGCCAUAACUUCACUAAAAUUACUGGAGUAUAGUGAGAAACAGGCAGCUGUGAUUCCUGAUGAAAUGUUCAAUGCGGUCAGAAGCAAUCCUGUCGCCACUGUCAACUUCAGCAAAAACCAGCUGACUGCCAUUCCUGCAAGGAUCGUGGAGCUGAAGGACUCAGUUUGUGAUGUCAACUUUGGCUUCAACAAAAUCUCCUCUAUUUCCUUGGAGCUCUGCAUGCUUCAUAAAUUGACACAUUUGGAUAUCAGAAAUAAUUUUUUGACAUCUUUACCUGAAGAAAUGGAGGCACUGACAACACUACAAGUAAUAAAUCUUUCUUUUAAUAGGUUUAAAGCAUUUCCCAGUGUCCUUUACCGCAUCCUAGCACUGGAGACUGUCCUGCUCAGUAACAAUCAGGUUGGGGCCAUAGACCCUCUGCAGUUAAAGAAGAUGGAGAAGCUCGGAACGCUGGACCUUCAGAAUAACGACCUUCUCCAGGUGCCCCCAGAACUUGGAAACUGUGAAAAUCUGAGGACGCUUCUUUUGGAAGGCAAUCCCUUCCGUACUCCCCGAGCAGCCAUUUUGGCAAAAGGGACAGCUGCAGUGCUGGAGUAUCUGAGGAGCCGAAUUCCUACUUGAUAGUCCGUUUCCCUCCUAGACUUGUGAAUCAAAGUACAAACAAAACACUUAUCCCGCCCGACCAAAUGCUCUGCGAUUAUAUUGCCUUCUUCCUUCUUUGUAAACUUUUUGUUAAUCUGGCCUGUGCCAUGAAGCAUUUGUAAUUCUGUUUAUGGUUUGCAUGUUAAGAAAGAACUCACCCAUGAAAUAUUUCCCCCUCAAGGUUGCAUGUCUCAAGAGCGCGUUUUAAAAUAUCACAACCUAUGUUUACACUUUUUGUAUUAAAGAAUACAGUUGAAAGCUGCAUUUAGUAAUAGAGACAAUGUUUUUCUACAACUAAGCUGAUUUUUUUUAAAGAACUCUAAACACCAAAGUACUUGAAAAAAAGGUGUAAGUAAACUUCUUGAUUUUUGUAUGCCUGUUUUAUAAUCUUCUGUAAGGUGCUUGGUCUCUCUUCACCACUGCCUCAAACAAUUGGUUACUGGUCUGUACGUGGUGAAAUGCUUGAACCCUUAAACUGUAUGGUUAUAAGAACACAGUGUGAAAUGUACUGCAGACUGCGUGCAUGCCUCAUGUAAAAGCAAGCAAAAUGUGGUUGAUAUUGGUAGCUACUCUGAAACAAUAAAUGUUUGCGCUUGGA